UGUCCAAGAUUUUAAACAGUGUUGGGGACCAUCCUGAAGGAGCUGGAGAAAAGCUAAAUACUUCCCUGGGUCCUAAGUAGACCUUUCAUUCAGAGUUGCUUUUCAUUUCUGUAGGGCCUUCAGCCAUCAAAGAAUGUCCCUGGCUGCUUAUUGUGUCAUCUGUUGUAGAAGAAUGGGAACCUCAACUCCUCCUCCAAAGAGCAACACAUACUGGAAAGACAUCAGAAACAUAAUAAAGUUGACUGGAUCACUUAUUUUAGGAAGUUCUCUAUUUCUUACAUAUGAACUUCUGGCCCUGAAGAAGUCUUUGACAUUAGAUACUCAAGUGGUAGAAAGAGAAAAAAUGAAGUCAUAUAUAUGUAUGCACACAGUUGUUCUAGAUAAAAGAGAAAAUUAUGGACUCAUUUACCAGGCGCGAAAAGAGCUUCACAAAACAGUAAGAAGAAUAUUGGCAACCUCAGCCAAGAUAUUACGGGGUCCGUUUGCUGACACUUUCAGCACAGUUGACAUAGAAGAUCAUGAAUGCGCCGCGUGGCUGCUCCUGAAGAAGAGCAGGUCAGGUGACAGGACGGCCCGAUUGCAGGCCGUGCAGGCCAUGUCGGAGGCCCACCACUGGCAUGAUUACCAGUAUAGGACAAUUGCUCAAGCCUGUGAUCUGAGAACUCGUAUUGGUUUGGCACGAAGCCAAGAGAGUGAUCUUCGCUUUUUUCUCCCUCCACCUCCUAUACCAGCUUUAAAUGAAGAUUCUUCCAUUGAAGAGGAGCUCAGAUGCUUGCUGGCUUCUUUACCUCAAACGGAGCUGGAUGAGUGCAUCCAGUAUUUUACAUCUUUGGCUCUGAGUGAAAGCAGUCAGAGUCUGGCGGCUCAGAAGGGUGGCUUGUGGUGUUUUGGAGGAAAUGGACUUCCUUAUGCUGAGAGCUUCGGAGAAGUUCCGUCAGUGACAGUGGAAAUGUUCUGUUUAGAAGCUUUAGUAAAGCAUUCUGAGAUCCCCACACACUGUGAUACAAUUGAGGCAAAUGGAGGCUUGCAACUGCUUCAGAAGCUGUACCAACUUCACAAGGACUGCCCCAAAGUACAGAGAAAUAUAAUACGCAUCAUUGGGAAUAUGGCUUUGAACGAACAUCUUCAUUCAACUAUAGUGCACUCAGGCUGGGUUUCCUUACUGGCAGAAGCACUGAAGUCUCACCACAUUGUGGAGGCCUCACAUGCCGCCAGAACCCUGGCUAACCUAGACCGAGAGACGGUGCGAGAAAAGUACCAGGACGGCGUGUACGUGCUGCACCCCCAGUGUCGCACAAGUCAGCCCAUUAAAGCAGAUGUCCUUUUUAUUCACGGCCUUAUGGGAGCAGCAUUCAAGACGUGGCGUCAGCAGGACCAGGCUCUAACUGAAAAGGUUUCAGGGGAUGAAACCAGGUAUACAACAUGUUGGCCCAAGACAUGGUUAGCAAGAGACUGUCCCGCUCUCCGGAUUAUAUCCGUGGAGUACGACACCAGCCUCAGCGACUGGAGAGCGAGGUGCCCGACAGAAAGAAAGUCCAUUGCGUUCAGGAGCAACGAACUUCUUCAAAAGCUCCGAGCUGCUGGUGUCGGGGACAGGCCGAUGGUCUGGGUGUCACACAGCAUGGGGGGCCUUCUUGUCAAGAAGAUGCUGUUGGAAGCCUCUCAGAACCCAGAGAUGCGCACGGUUAUAGACAACACCCGCGGGAUCAUCUUCUACAGCGUCCCGCACCACGGCUCCCACCUGGCCGACUACUCUGUGAACGUCCGCUACCUUCUCUUUCCCUCGUUGGAAGUCAAGGAGCUCAGCAAGGAUUCUCCCGCGCUGAAGGCACUGCAGGGUGACUUUCUGGAGUUGGCUAAAGACAGAAACUUCCAGGUGCUGAACUUCGUCGAGACACUACCAACCUCCAUCGGGAGCAUGAUCAGACUCCACGUGGUGCCUGUGGACUCAGCAGAUUUAGGCAUUGGAGAUCUGAUUCCUGUGGAUGUGAACCAUCUGAACAUUUGUAAGCCAAAGAAAAAGGAUGCUUUUUUGUACCAACGUACCUUACAGUUCAUCCGCGAAGCUUUAGCCAAAGACCUUGAAAACUGAUAAUUACCUUCCGUUUUUCAUGUGAACACAGUGCAAGAAGCUUGGUGGUCUCUUUUGAAGCAAUCAUGCAAACAUAGUCACUGGCUUCGCGUGGUCUGGAGUCUGUUGCAGGCAGCAGAACACUGCAAAGCACAAGCACAGAAGUGGCACUCAGAGAAGGAAGGGCUGGACGGAUUCUUUUGGUUUCAAGGACUUCCAUGGGUGCCAGUUGAUGCUGUGCAGUGCUGUCCCCGGUGAACACGCUGCUGUGGAUAGAGAGGACCUUUUGUCACCUGUGACCGCCUAUAGCUUACGCGAGCGGAGCGCUGAUGGCUUCUGAAGGGACAGGGCAUCGCCAGCUUGCCAUGACCAUGCUAUUGGGCGAGUACCUAGAAUGGGCAGAGCAUGAUCUAGAACAUAAAAGACUGUUUUUGUUCUGGGAUUCCAUGUGCUGUAAAUUUUUACUAAUAUGUAAGUGUAAACCUUUGUCUAACAUGUUAACUGUUAGACCUGUUGCCACCCAUGGGUCAGUUCCUUGUACGUUUUUAUUUUCAUAUGGCUGAGAACAGAUAUUUCUCUUUAAAAAAUCUAGCUUAUAAUAAUUCUUUCCAGACUUUAGCUACCUAUACUUGUAUUUUUCCCAGGUAAAGUAGCUAAUCCUUUAUUGAUCACAAUGUGAAUAAAACUAUUCUAAGCCAUUAUAUAGAUUAGCAAUACUUAGUAUCAAGAUUCUCAGAUUCUCUUUAGACCAAAUAAUUUAUCCCUUUCUUUCCUGCUCCUUUGACCUCCAGCAAGUGAGAAAUAGGAAAUCAUGUUGACUUUUUCUAAAUAAUGACAUUAUUGAGAUAUAAUUCACAUUUCAUAAAAUUUACCCUCUUAACUCAAGGUUGUUUAUUUUUAGUAAAUUUACAGAGUUGUGCAAUCAUCACCACUGAUCUCAGAACAUUUUUCUCAUCCCCCCGAAGAACCCCAUAACCCAUAGCAAUCACUGCUCACCUUUUCUCCCCCAGCCCUGGCAAACACUAAUCUACUUCGUCUCUAUGGAUUUGCCUGUUUUGGACUUUAAUAUAAAUGGAAUUAUAUACUAUGUGCCCUUCUAUGUCUGGCUUCUUUCCUUAGUAUAAUGUUUUCAGGGUUCACCCAUGAGGAAGCAUGUAUCGGGGCUUCAUUCCCUUUUAUGGCCAAGUAAUACUCCAUUGUAUGGAUGGAUAUACCACACUUGUUCAUCAGGUGAUGGACAUUUAGAUUCUUUGGAAUUUGGGGGUACUAUGCUGCUUGAACAUUUAGAUUCUUUGGAAUUUGGGGGUAUUAUGCUGUUUUUCAUUCUCUUGGAUGUAUACUAGGAGUGGAAUUGCUGGGUCUUAUUAAGCUCACUAGAGGCCUGGUGCAUGAAUUUGUGCAUGGGUGGGGUCUGGCUGGCCAGCCCGCCCCCGAUUGGGGCUGAUUGGGUGGGGCCCGCUGGGGGGAGGGGCCACGGGCAGUUGGCCAGCCGGCCCUGACCCCUGGUUGAACUCCCCGUCGAGGGGACAAUUUGCAUAUUAGCCUUUUAUUAUAUAGGAUAUAACCAUUUUGAAGAUAAUGGACAUUGUAGAAUGGGAUAAUCAAAGCUAAAACGAGUACAGAAUCUAGAGGUAAACAGGUCAUCAGUAAAACCCUGUCAACAUCUAAUUGUUUAAUUUGCAACAACCUAACAAGUGACUUAACCACUUGUGUUACUGUGUAGAUACAGUGAAUGCAUGGUUACGAGCUGACAUUACUAACAACAAUAAAUGCUAGCUAAGGGGAUGAUGUGAGGGGAAGGGGAAGAUACAUUUGGUUCAUUUUCUUUUCCUGUUUUCCAUGAACCAUGGCAGGUAAAACAUGGUUGAAACAAUUGUUCAUUAACGUAGAGUAAUGCAAUGAAACCCCACUCCUUCAAUCUCUAUAUAGCUGUUAUAGCGGUGCUUUUAAAAUGAGGUCUGGGAGAGAGAUCCACUGUAGUACUAAAUUACAUAGUUUUUCAGGCAAGGCACUUACAUUUCUUUUUAUUCUGCCUAUGAAAUGGAUAUAAAUGUACACAGGUUGACUUCAUCAGUUUUGUGAUAGUUAAGUCAAUGUUUUUAAAAUAAUCAUUGCAUGAAAAAUACUGUAAGAACACAAAGUAUGAAAACAUGUAUUUGAAAUAGUUUCAAACUUAGACCAUCAAUAAAACGCUCUGGGAAUUUGAUCAGUUUUGUUUAAAUACCCUUUCUGGGAAAAAAGUUCAAAUGAAGCUUCAUAUCACCUUCUCCCUCAUGUGAAAAGUCACUUUUUAUGAUCUUGUUUAAGAAGGAAGUAAACAGAAUAUAGGUGUUACAGAACAAAUUACUGAAAGCAAGCUGUAAAUAUAGCUAGAAUGAAAAUGAAGUCAGUUAUUUUUACUUAAAACCUAUUUAUUUCUUUGUGGUUACAUUUCCCCCAAACCUACCAGAUUACAUUGGCAGCCCUAAAUUUCAAGGGCACCGAGUCCCCUCUUCCCCAGAGUUUAAAUUAAAUGUCGCCACAGAAAGAGACUACAAAAGGGAGGGUCAUGAUACCUUUCUCAACAGCAUCUCAACCAGUCACCCAGGCUAUGCCGACACGCAGGAUACGGUGGAGGUGCAGGCCUCUGCCCUGUGAAUGCCUGAGGGUGGGGGCACCAGCGUUUACUUCCUAGUGAGAAACAUAGUGCAGUUAGACAGUGAUGUGUCUCAUAAUUCACAAUGCCCCUUAAACUCCAAUUCCUAAAAUUUGAGUUUUAGGCAUAGCUUCCCGAAUUUUCACUCCUUUGUAAUAUCAAAUAUAUUGAAUGAGUUUGUUUUUAUUGACAUUUGGUAUAAAAAUUAUAUCCAUGAAAAAGUUGAAGCAUGUUUAAUAAAUGUCACUUUAAAGUACUUACAA